UCCCUCUUCCAGCUCCUAUGAACCGCCUUCCCAGUCACCCCACAGAAGCCCCUGGGCCGCAACGCUCACCCUCCUCCCCUCUCUGCCUUACAGAGAGUACAUGAUGGUCACGGAGCCCCCCUGUGUCAGCAAUGGGAGCGCGAGUUCCAGGUCAGACGGCGGCAGCAGCAGCGGCAGUGAGAGCUCCAAGGACAGCUCCCGAUGCUCCACCCCUAUCCUGGAUGCUGAGCGCCACGAGAGGUUGCGGGAGAAGAUGCGCCGGCGCCACGACUCUGGAGACAAGUGGUUCUCCUUGGAGUUCUUCCCCCCUCGGACGGCCAACGGUGCAGUCAACCUGAUCUCCAGGUUCGAUCGCAUGGGGAUGGGCGGCCCUCUCUUCAUUGAUGUGACCUGGCACCCAGCAGGAGACCCUGGCUCUGACAAGGAGACCUCCUCCAUGAUCAUCGCCAACACGGCUGUCAACUACUGUGGCUUGGAGACCAUCCUGCACAUGACGUGCUGCAACCAGACCAAGGAGGAAAUCACAGGGCACCUGCAAAAGGCCAAGCGGCUGGGACUGAAGAACAUCAUGGCACUGCGAGGAGACCCCAUUGGCGAGGAGUGGGAGGAAGAAGUGGACGGAUUCAACUAUGCCGUCGACUUGGUGAAGCACAUUCGCUGCGAGUUUGAUGACUACUUUGACAUCUGCGUGGCAGGUUAUCCCAAAGGUCACCCUGAAGCCGAGAGCUAUGAAGCCGACCUGAGGCACCUGAGGGAGAAAGUCUCCGCUGGGGCUGACUUCAUCAUCACUCAGCUUUUCUUCCGGUCCGAGACCUUCCUCACGUUCAUGAAGGACUGUCAGGCCAUUGGCAUCACCUGCCCCAUUGUACCUGGCAUUUUUCCAAUACAGGGCUACCAUUCUCUGCGCCAGCUCGUGAAGCUCUCCAAACUCGAGGUGCCACAGGAGAUCAAAGAAGUGAUCGAGCCCAUCAAGGACAACGACGCAGCCAUCCGGAACUACGGGGUGGAGCUGGCGGUGUCCAUGUGCCGGGAGCUGCUGGAUAGCGGGAUGGUGCCUGGUCUGCAUUUCUACACCCUCAACAGAGAAGUGGCCACCACCGAGAUCCUCAAACGUUUGGGCAUUUGGAAAGAAGACCCCAGGCGGCCUCUGCCCUGGGCAGUCAGUGCCCACCCCAAGAGAAGAGUCGAAGACGUCCGGCCUAUUUUCUGGGCUUCCAGACCAAAGAGCUACAUUUACCGAACUCAGGAAUGGGAUGACUUUCCCAAUGGCCGCUGGGGGAACUCUUCCUCCCCAGCCUUCGGCGAGCUGAAGGACUAUUACCUCUUCUACCUGAAGAGCAAGUCUCCCCGGGAGGAACUUCUGAAGAUGUGGGGGGAGGAGCUGACCAGCGAGGAGAGCGUCUUCGAGGUGUUUACCUGUUACAUCUCUGGGGAGCCCAACAGGGAGGGGCACAAGGUGACCUGCCUGCCCUGGAAUGACGACCCUCUGGCGGCUGAAACCAACCUCUUGAAAGAGCAGCUGGAGAAGGUGAACAGAAGAGGAAUCCUGACCAUCAACUCCCAGCCAAACAUCAAUGGCAAACCCUCCACUGACCCCAUCGUGGGCUGGGGACCCAGCGGGGGCUACGUCUUCCAGAAGGCAUACCUGGAAUUCUUCACCUCCAGUGAGAACAUCACAGCACUGCUCAAAGUCCUGAAGAUGAAGAAGUACGAGCUCCGUGUGAAUUACCACAUUGUCAACGUCCGGGGUGAGAACAUCGCCAACUCUCCCGACCUGCAGCCCAAUGCUGUGACAUGGGGCAUCUUCCCAGGCAGAGAGAUCAUUCAGCCAACAGUUGUGGAUCCUGUUAGCUUCAUGUAUUGGAAGGAUGAGGCCUUUGCUUUGUGGAUCGAGCAGUGGGCUAAGCUAUAUGAAGAGGAGUCUCCCUCUCGCAUGAUUAUCCAGUAUAUCCACGACAACUAUUACCUGGUCAACCUGGUGGACAACGAUUUCCCGCUGGAGAACUGCCUGUGGCAGGUCAUGGAGGACACUUUCGAGCUGUUGAACUGUCCCACAGAGCAGUGACUGACAGUCUCAGGCACUUGUGCCAUCCAUCCACCACUCACUGCAGGCAGCUCAACUACCGAGGGGGUGAGGAGCCCUCCUCAACGUGACAGGGAACCAGACACUCCACCCGAAGACCAGCUCCACGCCACUCCCCUCCUGUGACCUGCCUUCUCUCAAGGUGAAAGACUCCACCAGGGGCUCCCAGAAUCCCUCCUGUUACAGACUAAACACACCCACUGUCUGGUCUCCUAUGCUAACGGCAGCUAGAACCACUACAACCUCCCAGCAGUUACAGGCUGCACUCUAACACAAAUAAGCUACUUUUUCAGGGUCUGCUUUAAACAGCAGGGUAGUGGAGACUUGUCCAGUCUCUGCUGGAGUAUUUAAACGCUAAAUGGUCUAAAAGACUUGGUCAAGUUUUUUUUGUUUUCCUAACUAUCACCCCAGCCCCUUUUUUGUUUGUUUUUUUUUAAACAUGAAUAAGGGAAUUCUCCAAGCCUGCUUCAUCUCUAGUGUAGUGACUAAGAAUUAAAAUGUGUGGCUUUUAUUUUUAAAUGAUUAAUAAAUAGCUGACACUCAA